AAAUACCUUUUUGUCACACACCAAACUUUCCCAUUUCAGUAUACUCACUCAUCACUACUACUAUUGUCUCUCUUUCUACUUUACAGCAUUUUCAAUUCUCAAAUGGCAGCUUUUUCAUAUCAAUACAAUCCUUUCCUUGUUGAUCACUCACACUCACCAUUCAUGUGUCUUCCUCCUCCUUCACAACACUUUCAUCCUCUUCAUCAAGAUAUUAUUAACUGUGUUGAUCAUCAAAGCUCCAAAAUUACUACCGUCACUGAAAAUGAACCUUCUUCUCUCACCAAAAAUCUCAGUCCUCAGUCUUCCAUGGUAUUGGACAAGCUCGAAACCGGCGACGAGCAGGUUACUCAGAAAAUUAACCCUAUGGAGAAGAAGAGAAGAGCCAGAAAUAAUGGACCUUCCUCAACUAACCCUAAAUCUCAUGAAAUUCCAGCAGAAGCGAGAAACAAAAAACAGAAGAAAAACAAGGAAGAGGAGAAGCCAAAAGAUGAGAGAAAGUGUUUGGAUGAGCCUCCAACUGGUUACAUCCACGUCAGGGCAAGAAGAGGUCAGGCCACUGAUAGCCACAGCCUUGCUGAAAGGGUAAGAAGAGAGAAAAUCAGUGAAAGGAUGAAGAAGUUGCAACAACUUGUGCCAGGCUGUGAUAAGGUCACUGGAAAAGCCCUUAUGUUAGAUGAAAUAAUCAACUAUGUUCAGUCUUUACAGAAUCAAGUAGAGUUUUUAUCAAUGAAACUUACUUCUGUGAAUCCUAUGUUCUAUGACAUGGCAACAGAUCUUGACACUUUCAUGGUUAGACCAGAGAAAUUAAAUAACUUAUCAUCACCAUCACCACCACUAUCAUCAUCAGUGUCACAUUGCAACAGUCCUAAACAAGGCGCAGCUUUUGCUGAUACAACCACCAUGACUCCAACCAACAUUUUCCAAACUACUAAUGACUAUCUUUUGGAUACUUCAGCUUCAAUUUUUCUUCAAGGACAGAGAUCAAAUAUUGUCUCUGAGGAUGGUAGCCAUUUUUGGGAGGUAGAAGAGCAACGACAAAAGUUUCUUAAUUCACAUGGAUUCAACAACAACUUAUGUUCAUUUUCAUUAAUUUAAAAUUCCUAGAGGUGCAUCUCAUGUCCUACAAUUCUACCAACAUGUUUGAUUUAGCAUUUACAUUAGGUAAGGAAAUUCCAGAAAGAAUAUGAAUAUGUGUAUAUUAAAGGGUAUGAAAAUGAAUGGAUGAAGAACAAGAAAAUGACAGAAAAUGCAGCAGACCAAAUAAGAGACCAUAUCUUUUCUAGAUCUGUGUUCUGUUCCAGUUAUUUUUGACUCUUAUGUUGCACAAAUUCCUAGAGACUAGUAUUGAUCCUACGUAGACAUCAGAGACAGUGAAAUUAAUUUGUGUCAUUGUAUAUUAUUGAACUAGUGAUUGAUUCUUGUGGUGGCAGUUAUUCUGUUGGUACAGUUAAUAAAUUUUUAUCAUUAUUGAGAAAUGAGGGGUUGAAUA